AUGGCCUCCUUAAUCAUCGGUGCCCCUGCUCUCGGACACACCAUGUGUCCCGUACUAGGCGCCUUGUUCUUCUUCAGUAUCUACGUCUCGCUGUUUUCUAUGGCCCUGAUCGCCUUCAACAGAUGCGUGCUCAUCACCAAGUCAGUAGACACGUACACGAAACUGUUUAGCCCUCUCAAGUCGUUCUUCUGGGUUCUGUUGUCGUGCGUUGUGAGUUGUUUCUUGGUGGUUCCGGGGCUUCUAGGCUAUGGUGAAUUCGGUUGGACCCAAAAUAACCACAUCUGUGGCAUAAUGAGCUCCAGUCCUUCCAGUCCGCACUACAUCUCCAACAUCUAUGGUCUAUCCUACUGGCUUGUGCUCUGCGUAGUUCUCGGUAUCUAUCUGAAAAUCUACUUCUUCGUGAAAGAUUCUGUGGUGGCAACCGCAGCGAAUCUGAACCUCGCCAACCCUGCGCAGUACGUGUCAAAAAGGGUGAUCGAACGAACCAAACACAUGUUCAUCACCUUCUGUGCAUUCACGGUGUGCUCGGCUCCGGAUGUGCUGUUGCAUAGUAUCAACGUGCACGAAGAUUUCUUGCCAAAUGCAGUGAUAGUAGUGUCGUUCAUGCUGUACCGCUUGAACUAUGUCCUGAACCCUUUCCUGUACGCAUGGAAGCUGCCUUUGUUCAGGCGUGCUUUUAAGGCCCUCAUUCGCUGCAAGCGGCAGCUGCCGUUCCAGCCAGGAGCUCCUGUGAACUAA